AAUCACAUAAUCCAUCCAUCUUCCAUCCCCCCAACAUGUCCGACCCCCGUCUAUAUACCAUCGGAUAUAUCUGUCCAACAUUCACCGAUUUUACCGCCGCCCAGAUCUCCCUCGACGAAGAGCACGGCCUUCUGAAAUCCCCAAGCCACGACGAUCACAAUGCCUACACGAUAGGUCGCAUCGGCAAGCACAAUGUAGCGCUUACCUUUGUCACGGGGAGUAGAACCCCGUCCACGACCACAGUCGCCACAGCCAUGCGGAUUACGUUUCCCAACCUGAGAAUCAUAUUUCUGGUUGGGGCGGCCUCGGGGGUGCCCAGUCCCCAACACGAUAUCCGUCUCGGUGAUGUCGUGGUCGGUGUCGAUGGUGAGAAUCAGACUGCCGUUCAAAUCUAUUAUGUGUGGCUUCCCAAGGGUGGAGCUUUCCUGAAUCAGGGUCCGCGCUUCAUAGAUCAGCUGAGUUCUCUCCGCGAAGCGUUGGAUAGGCUUCGGAGGAGACAUGAUAUGCGUUCUCUGGAAAAGGUUGUUACGGAAAUGGUGGAGAAGAAUGUGGGUCCUGAUGCUAAAGAGAGAUUUAUGCGUCCUCCCUCUCAUACGGAUCGGCUUUAUCGCAGUGAUAUCUGCCAUGUGGGGACAGAUUGUAUCGGGUGUGAUCCGUCGGGGUUGAUUGUGAGGCAUAACCGACCCAAUUCGGCGGUGCAUUAUGUUGUGAUUGGAUCUGGUGAUUACAGGAUUCAACAUGCGGUUGAUCGGGAUUGCAUUGUGAGAGGGACGGAUGUUUUGUGUCUGGACAAUGAAGCCGUGGGCUUGGUUGAUGCCUUUCCGUGCUUGGUGGUUCGUGGGAUUUCAAAUUAUGCGGAUGUUCAUGCAAGUGAUAGGUGGGAGAUGUAUGCGGCGUUGAUGGCGGCGGCGUAUAUGAGGGGUUUGCUUGAGGAGAUUGAUUAG